GUGGGUCCCCUCGGUUGUGUCGUCCAGAUCUAUCCGCCCUGUGCCCUCUAGAAUCGCAAGUACAGGGUGAGAAGAUCUUAUGUCUUCGAUGAACUGUUAGUACCUCGGUUGUCCUCGGUCGUUCCUCGCCAAAUUGUCGGGCGAAGUCGCAGAUCGGAAAUCUGUUUUAACAUCAAUUAACUCUGUCUUAUUUUCACCGAGGAAUCAUAGAAACCACACCCCUGUCUGAGAGCGCUGUUGUUAUCGACGACGUACUCUUUCGUGGCAAUAGGAAAACUGAUUGCUUUCUCCCCUGCAACCCUUAGAAGAUAGAUAAACGACGAGAGAUGUAUGCACAUCAAUCGUAGACAAGAUGUAUAGAGAAACUAGUCAAUUCAGAAGAUAACGAAUCUUUUGAGAACCCACUACAACCAAUCACUGCGAAGAUAUCAAUUCAGUUCAACCAAAAAGAUGGCUUUGACUGCUCAAAAGAGGCCGACGACUGCGACGGCGCGCUCUUCGCGGCCGGUUUCUUCCCGAAAUGCGAGGUCCCGACCACGCUCUGCCGCUAAUUUCAAGAAGCCCGAAAAUGUCCAGACUAUCAAAGGCGCGCUAAUGCUUCGACACAAUAAGACGCAGAUGGCGAUGAACAGAGAGAAUAUGAAUCCGAAUAUCGAUGAGACAGCCUUCGCGGCUCCAGGAGGAGGAGGAGAGCAACAGCAGCCUUCGCAGCUGCAGCGGCGCGUCCAUCAUCUGGAGGCAAUGCUGGAUAUGCAGCGUAGCGAAUACCGCGAGCGGAUCGAGCGCUGGGACUCCUUGCUUAAUAAACGUUUUGUCCCUCUAAAAUCGCUUGAAGAAUAUGUCGAUGAAGAGGAACGAAAGCAGGAUGAAGCACGAGGCCACAACACUGCUACGAGCUCUUCCAGUGGCGGAAAGAAUGCUACAAUUAAGGCUUCCCCUAAUUCAUCUUCGGAAGCUACAUCUUAGCGACGUUCGCCACGGGAAAACGGGCGCAGGAUGGACUUCGAGAUGAAUUAGGGUGAGCUCUAAUACAACUCACCAUGGCUCGAAAGGGUUGAGGGAGCAGGGAGGCGGAGGAGGUCAACAACAGCAUGGUUUUCCACACAGUUAUUUUCCGUCGUCGAAUUCUUCAAAUCCUGGAGGCAGAAGCUCGAGUGCAGUUGCUAGAACGGCUUCGAGUGGCGGCUUUCACGCGGGUUUGGAGACAGGAGAGUGUCGUGGAGGGGGUGGUGGUCGCGGCAAAGCGAAGCGACGGGGUGGAGCUAGAUCUCGGAAGCAGUUACAGGCUGCUGACGUCGACAGGCGCCAGGAGGCGAGUCGCAGGCCUAGAGAAAAUCAGAAGGAUGAAAUAGCGUCACCAGGCGAUAUCGAUCUUGUAGAGGAAGACGUUGGUGCAGCGUCAAGCAGCGAAGAUGAUGUCACGGCACUGGUGUCUAGUGCUGUGUCUAAUGUUGAUCAUCUGCAUGGAGCUGACGAACCUCUACCUGCUUCUAGUGCGCAAAUCUACCAUGAUGCUGGUAGCAGUAGCUAUCCUUCUUCGUACUCAUGCUCUUCUUCUGCUAAGCACGGCCAACAUCCUGGAGGAGCUUUUUCGACGCAAACUACAGCGAGAUUCGAUCAUGAGAUGGGGGUGAGAUUCCAAGAUCCUGGGGCUGCAAUGGCUGGUGCGUCUAGUGGUGGUCAUUUAAGACCCAAAAGUGCCUCGCGGCUUGACGCAGCGCGCAAUGCGGCAUCUAGCAGCAGCAGUAGUGGAGCUCCGUUUCUGUUUGCGGCGUGCGAAGGAGGUGGACCGAGCAGCAGCGGAGAAGAAGAAGGGUCCUCGUCGAGCAGUGGGCAUGAGCGCGCGGACGACCCUGGCGUGCAUGAACACGAAGACGUUGUCGAGGUGGCUCGAGCUCCUACGCCAUCCCCUCGUGAGGGUUCGCAUCACGCAUCGAGCCCACGAGUAGCAGCGUCACGCCCUAAGCAACCUCAGAAGGGCAGGAGCAACAAGACAGUUGGUGAUGCUACGAUGCGCGGUGUUGGAAUAUCGUUGGAUGGCGCACCAGGAGUUGUUCCGCGUGGCCGGGCAGCCUCUGCAGGUCCACGCCGCGCUCGACCCGGACCACCGGAUUCUCCGCGCGAGCGCGCGAGAACGAUGAGACCGCAGUCGGCAAGCGCGACUGCACGAAGAGGGGGAGGAGAUCACCGUGGCAGAAAUACUUCUUCGGCAUAUGAAGAGGAUGCAAACAAUGCCACUUCAAUCCCCUUCGUGUCUCGGCCGCAGGGUUUCAGGCAUCUAGACCAUGCACUCGGUGGGGGCCCUGGUGCGUCCUCAAGUCGCUCGCCGCCUCGUGGGGUGUCUACUAGAGGCGGAUCCAACUCGCCACGACUGGAGGAUGCCUUCGCAAAUUCACCUCGGUUUGAUGGAGAACAUCAACGACCGCAGAGCGCCGCACCUCAGAGAAAUCGGUGGAUAGCCUACGGCCAUCGACCCAAGACUGCGCCAGGCUCAGGUGUGCGGUCCAAAGACAAAGACGAUAGCUACAAUGCGUAUAACUAGUUUCUUGUAGUAAGAGGUCGUGUAUCAGUCUGUACAGGGUGGAAUAGUAAUCACAAUUUUUGAACUUUGUCUCUGGAGCUAAUUCAAAAGGGCUUUUUCUCCUCAAUAAAUCAGGUUAACGAAUCUACAAGGGAUGUUUACGAAGGUGUUCAACGCGAAUCAGAUUUUGAUUCAACAGCGAGAAGAGGCAGAAGCGAAUUUGAAGAACUUUUUGCAGACGACUGAAGGUCACCAGGCUAAGCAGAUCCUCGAACAACGUGAACAGGUGAAAUUCAUGCGAACCAGAUUGCUACAGAUGGAGGCCGAUAAUGAUCGGGCGACUCGCAAAGCCAAGCGAUCCGAACAGCGGGCUUACGAAGAAGAAAUGUUCCUCAAGCAAGCGUACUCUUCUACUUCUAGCACUUGGAUAAUUUAGCUCCCUCUACUGGUGCUUGUGCUUUGUUUCGUUUUCGAAGAAAUUUACCCGCCACAAAAAUAUUCAUGCACUUCUUGUAUCGUGGAUUUCCAAGUAGGGGUUACACAUACUCGGAAAUGUCAUAGGGGACGACAUCCUUGGUGAUCCUCCUAUCUACUAAGUCUAUUAUUCUAGAUCUUCAGUUUUUCCUCGGCCUACAACUACAAAUACAGGAUGAAAGAGAUCGAAACUUUGCGGCAAGUGACUGUGGAGCUGCAGCGGAUGAAUCUAGAACUCCACGAAAGCCCGCAAAUGAAGCUGAUCGAGCAGAAACUGUACAAGUUUCAGAAGGAGCUCACAAAGCGGACUAAGGCGCUCAACGAUCAGAACGAUGCGCAAGAGGAAGCAGUGAAAGAGAUAUGGGUGCGGGUCGAGGCCGUCAACAAAAAAGUCGAUGGGCUCACAUCCAUGACCGAGUCCUUGAACCAGGAUCGCAAUGAGGCUGGCGUGCUACUGAAAGUCGGGAAAGAGCGCAUCAAGGAGUGCAAAGUGACGAUUCAAAAAUUAGCACAGGACUUUCAAGUGCUAAAGCAGAAUUCUGAGGACGCGGAGCGAAAAUACCAAAAACUCUUGAAGUUAAGGCUACAAUUCUGCAACUCGGGUUUUUGGGUGUUUGUUGUAUUUUUUUAGUGUCGUGAUCUUUGUGCUUGUUGUAGUUCAUGAAACGAAAUAAAGAGUGGCCUCCACAGGCUACAAAAAUGUAUGUUGUUUAUAAGGUUCUCCUCCUGCAUGUUCUAGUACAACUGUUUCUAAUCAAACGUCAAGAUGAGGAGAGUAACAAGGUUGCGGCUUUGCAACGGGUGUAUCGGGAGGUGCUGGAAGAGUUGGUGGGAAACAACAAGUGGUACAAGCGUGUCAAUAAAGAUCUGGAGACGGAAAAUGCGCAGCUCAAAAGCGAGAACACAGAGCUACUGGAGAGUCUCAUGGCGUACGAAAAUUUUUUUAUUUCUUCACUGGUUUGGGUUUGCUUCUAAUGUGUGAUGAUCUAUCAAACACAACGAACAAGGGUGGAUAAGUUGUCAUUUACAACACCUUUAGGGAUGCUACGCGUACUCACGGGGUAAAUUCCAUUGCAACACAGGCCAUUUAUCUCAUGAAAUGACACACUCUCUCAGGUACCUGAUGUUGAACCAGCAGAGUUCUAUGCUGAAAGGUCGCGCGAAACAGGCCUUGGAUCCCUUGACGGUGACAGCCGAGAAAAAGCGAGUGCCUCCGCCACUAGACAACAAGAAAGAGAACGCAGACGAGGGGCAUGUUAUGGCUUACUGCUUUUUGUUGGUUACAUGGAAAAUAUGCUGUUGGUUGAGUGAAAAUCAAAAUGUUGAAUUGAGGCUCUAGACCUAGUUCUUUUCGAUUCUUUCCAAGCUCGGGACUAUAUCUCUAACACUCACGACCCGGAUCAUAACAGUAUCAGUCGGACGCCGUAUCCAAUCCACGAACCGAUAGAUUUACCGCCGCCUCCAGAAGGCUCCUUUCUCUCGCCCCGUGUCCUGGUUCCAGCGAAAAACGUACCGAUACUCUUAGGAGAGAUUACGGAAGUGCAGUGCUAGAAGUUUUUGGUGCAUGCCAUGUCAUGAAUUGAAUGAUCACAAGUCAAGGCAGUUGUAGGACCGUAUGCAGUUGUGCUGGUAACCCGAUUUGUCAUAAAAAUUCAACAAACUCCCGAUUUAUAGAGCAGGAUCAACAUUUCGAUCAAUAGGCGUCAUUUUUGCAUAGGUAUCUCGUUACUACUUAGUCGUUUUGAUAGAUGAAUGACAAAAAUAAUAUUUACGUCGGUAGUAGUUUCCGUUUUGCUGUCACAUCACGAAUCCCUGCUUGUUAUUAUCUUAAUAGAUGCAUGAUAAGUUUGAGUACAAUCGCGUUCGCGACUUUCACGUAGUCACGUAGACAUGAACCCAAACAAUUAAUGUACCCUUCCUUCCCACCAGUAGUUUUACGAACAGCGGAACUGUUAAGGCUUGAUUAACAGCUGAGUAAUCCUAGGUUAGGUGCUACUUUACAGCGAUUGCUGUACCAGAUGUUAGCACAAAGUGACCAUACUAGGUAAUAGCUAAGCUAACACUGCCUGCAUUUCCCGGCUCCUAUCUCUCGCUUACCAGUUAUUUUACUCUAUCAAAAAUACUAGAUUUCGAACUUGUUUUUACGAUGUUGUCAUUCAAUUAAGCACAUUCUCAGUAUAUCUAUGAUCUCAGCCUCACAUUACUAGACCUUUGUUCAUUCUUUCAUAGUCCCUGCAGUUUUGCCACUAGUUCAUGAAUAGUGCAUAAGAUUGAUUUAAUAGUCGAGUCCGACAAAAAAUGAGAGGAAACCGUUUUUCGUAUAGAUACUAGUGUCCUUGUAAGUAGAAGUGUCGUAAGUUUUUAGAAAAUCAAAUAGACAGUGUCUAUGACUAUCUUCCGUUUCGAAAUCAAGUGACGUUGAUGUUGCAUGCAAUGAACUCGAACUUAUUGCGAGAUCAAGAUUCUUGACCUUCUGGUUUAAUUGCCUGCAUAGUAUGGUGCUCGAAGUUGGAAUGUCAUUCCAACUCCUCCCCAAAGCAU